AUGUCACGCAUGACAUGGACUACAGGUGAAGGUGGUAAGGACAUAGUAAUGGUGGCAGCACGCUCAGAGCUAGAAACGCCGAGCAAAGCAGUGUUACCCGAGCCCGAGCCCGCGCCAGGGCUGCUGAUGCCGGACGGAUCCAUCAACUGGGGCUGUCCAUGUCUCGGUGGUAUGGCCACUGGUCCAUGUGGCACACAGUUUAGAGAUGCUUUCUCUUGCUUUCAUUAUAGCGAAGCCGAGCCUAAAGGCAGCGACUGCUACGAGAAGUUUAGCGUGAUGCAGGACUGCAUGGCGCAGUACCCCGAGCUGUAUGGUCGAGACGAAGAUGACGAGCUCUCGGCCGCGCUCGACGAGUCGGCUGCUGCCGACCCCUCAUCCCCUACUGACCCGACCCCUACCGACCCCUCGACCCCCACCGACCCCUCGCCGGCGGACAAG